CUCCAGUCUCUCCAACUACAAAUUCGGCGGCAUCAAUUAUGAUUCCCUUUCCUUUCAAAGUGUUUGCAAUUAUUGAUAAAUUCGCCUCACUUUGUUCCUUUCCUCAAUCGUGUUGGAGACCUGGAACAAAAAGAGCGAACAAUCCAAAAAUUCCGAAAGGAAACACUCGCUCCGCCAUUGGAAUUUGCCUUUGUCAAAAAAAGCCUUCCUCCGCCUUUUCCACAUUCUCCGCAAAAUUCAACGGCUGGCGACAAAUCUCAGCUCUUUUCUGUUGAUGGGCUUUGGAGACUUCCAAAGCAGCUCUCUUUUUCACUCUCAGCUAUCACCAGUCAAUCGCCACCAAACUUCAUUCUUCAGGAAGAAACCAAUAGAUGGUGGUGGUUGGUUUGCCCUGUUCCCGCAAUUCUCUGGCCUCCCUUUGGAACGAAAGAUAAAAGCUGAAAUUUUGGGACUUUGGGGUUGCUUGAUUACUCAACUGGGUUACUGUACUUCUUUCUGUUUCUUCUGGGUUUAGAGUAGGAAGGAAGGAGGGGAAAAGAAUGUCGAGAUUGAAGGAGUUUUGUACCACGAAAACGUUGUUGGGUCUUGGGCUGGGGCAAUUUCUCUCGCUGUUGAUUACUUCUACUGGUUUUGCUUCAUCUGAACUCGCCAGAAAAGGGAUCAAUGCUCCAACUUCUCAAUCAUUUCUAAAUUAUGUAUUAUUAGCUAUUGUUUAUGGCGGUAUUAUGCUAUACCGGAGAGAAAAACUUAAGGCUAAAUGGUAUUACUAUCUAAUUCUCGGAUUGAUAGAUGUGGAGGCCAAUUUUCUUGUGGUGAAGGCCUAUCAGUACACCUCCCUUACGAGUGUCAUGUUGCUGGAUUGUUGGUCAAUUCCAUCUGUUAUGAUUCUCACCUGGAUUUUUCUUAAGACAAAGUACAGAUUCAAGAAGAUAACUGGAGUAGUAGUUUGUGUUGCUGGCCUUGUGGCGGUUGUUUUUUCAGAUGUUCAUUCUGGUGAUUGGUCAGGAGGAAGCAAACCUCUUGUAGGAGAUGGUUUGGUCAUUGCCGGGGCAACGCUCUAUGCUGUCAGUAAUGUCAGUGAGGAGUUUCUUGUCAAAAAUGCUGACAGAGUUGAACUCAUGGCACUGCUUGGCUUUUUUGGUGCCAUUAUCAGUGCUAUCCAAAUAGCCAUUCUGGAGCGUACUGAGUUGAAAUCUAUUCAUUGGUCAGCUGGAGCAGCUUUUCCAUUCUUUGGGUUUGCGUCGGCGAUGUUCCUGUUCUACUCAUUCGUUCCUGUUUUGCUCAAGAUGACAGGUUCUACCAUGCUCAACCUGUCUUUGCUUUCGUCAGACAUGUGGGCAGUCUUGAUUCGCAUCUUUGCCUACCAUCAGAAGGUUGAUUGGAUCUACUUCAUCGCAUUUGGUGCUGUGGUAAUUGGGUUGGUCAUUUACUCUGGAGGUGCAGCAGACGAGGAUCGAUCUACAGAUGUAGCAGACGAAGACGCUGAAAGAAGCAAACAGGAUGAGGAAGCUGGAGCUACUGCGAGUCGCAGUAGAGGAUUGCUUUCUGGGAGCAGCUCAAAAUCAGGGUAGGAUAUUGCCUUUGUGGACAGGGAAGGAAAGAAUCCAGGCCAAGAUGUCCUUGGAAAGAAAUUGAGAAAAUUUUGAGGGCAUGGCCUUGGAAACUUAAUGGAAGCCAAUUUUAGUACACUCCUAAUUAAGGGCAUGGUCUUAUUGAAUUAAGUAUUGAAUAUCAUUGGGAAAAUUAGUAUAUACUAGAUUACCUUUUCAUAAACAUGUAUUGAGAUCAUAUACGAGAAUAUGCAAUCGCAAUGUUCAUGAAGAAUGCAUUACAGAAAUGUAAGAAUGCAAGGGGAAAAGCAUAUCCAGAUAUGGAAACAACAGAAUCUAUCUGGAAGGAAAGGACACAUGUGAGGGAGGUUCUGAAGGUGUAGAAGUUGGAUGCUUUCCGAUCCUGCUGUUAGCCGGAUAGUUAGAAAGCUAAGGUUCAUGCAGAAUUGCAGAUUGUAUAUAUGGUGGCUGUUGCACGAAUCAUGGAUGUCACCCUUAGUAAUAAUAAGUCCGUUGGAAGAAUGGGUUGGCAAUAGAAACUUUGCAGUCUUACUUCCUGGUUAUUAUUGUUAAUUGUUAUCAUUAUUGUUAAUUUUAUACGUUGAGAUGUCAAGAAAUUGUUGCUUCAGAAAUGGCAAAAUGGGAACUUAAGAACUGGCAUGCUUUGCUUUCUGAGUUGCUUCCUAUUUUACUGGGCAUCCGCCAUUUGGAGCUUAAAAUGGAAA